GCAACGGGGAGACUUUCUUAAAAAAGCGCUCCCACGUAAGAUAGGUGAGACGGCGCACGUCCGUCGAGUAGUUUUUUUUUUUCUUUUUUACGUCCCUCUACCCCUUCGAUGGAUCACCUCAAUCUGGGUGAUAGCUACCUCCCCACAGUGCACUGCCCCAAAGAGUAGUCCCCCCCGAGUUGGUCAUUCGCCUGGCGCGUUCAUACAGCGCAGUAUGCACCUCCCCCCAGGGGGUAACUCCCCUCCCGCUGAAAGUCUGGGGAGCUGCGAAUUGGGCAGAGGGGACUCGAACACGGGGCAAAAAAAUACAAUUUGAAAUGCUCGGCAAAGGGAACUCCACCUGUUAUCUGCGCUCAGUUGUAUUGUUUUUUUUUGGUUUUUUUUUUUUCCACUUCGGUUCAUUUCACCUAUUCGCUUUGGAGAGUUCCUCCCUGAGAGCAACCUUCCCAGUAGCUCCGCUAACGGCUGUGAGAUUCCAUGGCUGCAUGCGUGAAGUGAGCUGUGCAUCUGAGUUAGGCAGACGUCAUUUUAGGAGAGCGUAAGGAAUAGUUACAGUAGGAGGAAAAGCGCGUUGACCCACGGAGGGAGAAGCAACGGGGCAUUUACCACCCAGAGGAAGGACCCUUAAGGUGGAAGCUAUCCCAAAAGGGGGGCACCGAAAAGGAGAAAAAGGAAACGCCCCAACGAAAUGGGCAGCGCAGAAGGGGGAGACCAACCUGGGGGGGAAGCUGCGGAAAAUUCAUCCAGUGGUACAGCGGACGGCCAAGCAAAAAACCAAACAGACGACCGUGUGGAAAACCAAACUGACCACCUCGACGAAGCGGGCACCCUGCUCGCCUGCCUCGCCAACGCGGUGGACCAGGAGGACGUAGACAAAGUGAACAGCAGGGGGGAGAAAAAAACCAAAAAGGAAAAGAAAAAAGAAAAAAGGGAAUACCUAAAGGAAAAGAGGAAGAAGAACAGACCAGAAGAAAAAAAAAAAAGAAAAGAAAAGAAAAAAAAUGAACUUUUGAAAGCAUUAAAUGGACUGAACCCAAGUGAGAGGAUACAGUUUCUAAGCGAAAGGAGAGCUUUACAGGAAGAGAGAAAAAAAAAGAGGCAACAGUUUUUGAUGAAGGCCUACAAUGAGGGGUAUAAAAUUUGCUAUAACUGCAGCUUUUUAAAUUUGAUGGGAGAGAAAGAAGUUUCCAGUUUAGCCAAGCAGGUUUUUCUGGGCUACCACUACAUGAUCAAGGAGCAGUUGCCUGUGCAGUUUCAUUUUACCAGCUUGACGAGCGGCGACGAAUUCCACACGCAGCUCAGGGACAAGUAUGCGCUGGGGAAGUGGCGCGUGCACAUCCACUCGGAGGACUACUGGGAUGUCUUCCCGCGGGACAAGAUCGUCGUGCUGUCGCCCGACGCGGAGGAGGAACUGACCGAAGUUCUGGACGACGAGGUGUACGUCAUUUCCGCGCUGGUCGACCGGAGCGUUUCCAAGAAUUUGUCCUUCUACCAGGCGUCCCUCCACAACUUGGUGACGAAGAAGUUACCCUUGGAGAAAUAUUUUAAGAAGAAAAAAAGCAACGUGCUGAACGUUAACACCGUGGUGGAGAUUUUAAUAAGUUUUUUAAAAAAAAAAAAUUGGAUGCAGGUUUUCGAGGAGUGCGUGCCACAAAAAAAAGUGCUCUGCUUCUGCUACGGAUCCCCAGCGGAGGGACCCAGAGAUGAAGCGGCAGACGCGGAUGAGGGGAAAAAAACAGACGAAUUGUAUUUAGAGGAUAACGGAAAGAGGUACGUCCACCAGGAUGCGUCAUAA